GUUCUGCAGUGCUUUAGUACUAGGUCACUUUCAAUCCGACUUCCUUGUUUUUUAUCCAUUAUCUUUUCUUUCUGGAUUGUUUUCGUCCUGCUUUACGUGACAUUUGGUAGAUGCCAUGUCUUUACCCCAGUUGAGUUACCCCCAGUAUUUAAGUGCCACCCAAGCGGUACACAACUGCGAUCGGUCAGGGGUGCUGUCUGCAUCUGCUCGUGGAAACGGCUCUGACAUCGGUGCAAAUCCGUCUGCUACAGCUGCAGCGGUCACGUCGGUGCUGGGAAUGUACGCUAACCAUUAUUCAGCCCACAACUACAGCGCUUUUCUACCGUACACCAGGGCCGAUUUAGCGCUCUUCUCUCAACUGGGCUCACAAUAUGAAUUUAAGGACAGUCCGGGCGUUCACCCGCCUAGCUUUGCGGCCCAUCCCUCUACAGCAUUCUACCCCUACGGACAAUACCAGUACGGCGACCCUUCAAGAGCAAAGAGUGCCACCCGCGAAUCCACAAGUACGUUAAAAGCUUGGCUGCAGGAGCAUAAGAAAAACCCGUACCCAACCAAAGGAGAAAAGAUCAUGUUGGCUAUCAUCACGAAGAUGACACUCACGCAGGUUUCCACCUGGUUUGCCAAUGCGAGGCGGAGACUCAAGAAAGAGAAUAAGGUGACAUGGGGAAGAAGCGCAGAAGAUAGAGAUGGCAAAAUAUUCGACAGUGACACUGAAGGGGACGUGGAGAAGAAUGAAGACGACGAGGAAAUUGACUUGGAAAGCAUAGACAUUGACAAGGUUGAUGAAAACAGUGGAGAUCAAAGUAAUGAGGAGGACGAUGAAGCCAGAGACCAGUCGGACCAGGGAAGUAUCGAUAAAAGAGCGUCGUUGUCACCUGAAACGCACAAAGUUUUUGACCGUUCUGAUCGAAAAAACAUUGGACUGCUGUCUCCUGGCGGGCAAAGUAGCUGCCAAGUGCCAGCAAAUAAGCCAAAAAUAUGGUCCUUAGCAGAGACGGCGACUAGCCCGGACAUCUCUGUGAAAUCCGUGUCACCCUCUGCCCCUGCCAGUCACAGUUCGCCACUGGUCCAGCACCCAGCCUUUCUUCCAAACCAUGGAAUAUACACAUGUCAGAUUGGAAAACUAAACAGCUGGACGAAUGCUGCUCUCUUCAGCCAGAAUCCCUUGUUGAGUGUGAAGUCUUUUCUGGGAGUAAAUCAAGGUCACCAGCAACCUGAUCACCACCGUCGUAAGCAGCAAACACCGACCAUGGGGGUUACGUCAUCUGCCACAGCAGUCCACAGUGAGAACUGCCCAGAGGACUUCAGUCCAACACAUAUAGAUCGACAAAUGACUGAUUCGCCGACACAGACAUUAAAGUCAUCCUUCCAACUCGUCCAUGACAGUUCCAGAAAUCAACAAGAAGCAACGCAGCGAGUUCUAAUGGCUCUUUCCUCGACGUGAUGAAUUUACAUUUUGUCCGUUUUUGUUAUUUUAUUUUAUUUUUUGAAAGAGAGAAAUGUCUGGAUCUAUUGAUUGAAGGACAAAGCCAAGUCUUUUUUUCUUUUUUCCCCAGCGGUCGCAUUCACUCAGUACAGAACAAGAUAAACUUGCGGAUGGAUUUAUAUCAUUGCUUUAAAAAGAUUCAACCGAUUGUAAACAGUGUCCGUUUUAUCUGAAGUAGACAUUUGAUAUAUUUGACUUUCCAGUGUUUGUUUCUCAUGCUGCAAAAAAAGUUGUAAAAUGUUGAAAGCACAUAUAUUUUUGUCUAUUAAACUAAAUGAAAUUAUAUGC